AUGAUCAACGGGUGCUGCACCCAGCGAUUAGCCCGCGAUGAGGCCGCCGUCCACCGAGGUCGUGGUCAGCGCCGGUCCCUGGAGGGGAGGCAGCUCGCGAUCAACCAGCGCUGCUGCGAUCGCAGCGAGCAUAGGCCGGGGGAUGGGCGCGGCGAAGAUGCCGUCGUAGGCCCGCAUCUCGGCAGCGGUGAUCUGCUGGUUGACGCCCAAGAUGCCGAGGGUGCGGAGGACCUCCACCUGCGCCCGGCGCUCAGCCGUGGGAGGAGCAGCGGUCUUGGAGGCCGAGGAGGAUGCGGAUCGGCCCCGUCGCGGAGAGAAGUUCAGUGCCGGCCGGCGCAGGCGCUUUCCUGGGGUGGGGAGGACAGCGCUGAUGUGCUUUGUGGCGGCCGAGAGGAACUCUCCCAAUGUCCAUGUCUCGGUGGGUCGCCGAUGGCGCGGUCGCAGCAUGGUGAUGGUGAUGUCCGGUGGUGGAGGGCGGCGUGCUUAGGCGGCGUAGGGGGCGCCGCAACCAUGACCAGUUGUGGUGCAUCCGUUUGGAGCUGGUCGCAGCAUGGUGUUGGGCGGGGGGCGGCCGGAGUUCGUGAAGGAAGCGGAGGUGCCGUGGCUCGGAUCUGGCUAGGCGAGGCGGUCGACGUUCUACUCGGGUUGUGGCAUGGCAGGAGGUGGCCGGGACAGGAUUUUCACCGGUCAGAUUUGGAAGGACAUUUUUGCUGGAUUCGGUACAGCCCUGCCUACUACCCACAAACUGAUGGUCAGUCUCAGAGAGUCAACCAAUGUCUGGAGACAUACUUGAGAUGCAUGACCUCCACUCAGCCCAAGAAAUGGCUCUACUGGCUCCCACUAGCUGAGUAUUGGUCCACUUGACAGUGAAGUCCAUGAUUUCCUAGAAGAAAAGCAAGUGAUGCUCAAGAAUCUCAAGGAAAGCCUACUUAAAGCACAUCAGAGAAUGAAGAAGUAUGCAAACUGAAGUGAGAUGACUUUCGAACCAGGGGACUUGGUCUAUCUGAAAAUGCCCCCCUACAGAUUGUCAGCAUUUGGCUUUCGAGGAGCACUGAAAUUGCAACAUAAGUACUAUGGACCUUUUGUCUUCCAACAUAAGGUAGGUACUGCUGCAUGUAAACUCCAAUUGCCAGACAGUGUCAAGAUCCACCCUGUCUUUCACGUGAGCCAGCUCAAGAAGCACAUAGGCCCCAAAGCUAUACCCAGUCCUCAUCACCUGCGCUUGACGUCCGACAGGUACCAAGAAAUAACCUCCCAGUCGUUCAAUGGCUGAUACUGUGGGAAAAUUUGUCGCUGGAAGAUGCAACGUGGGAAGAUGCUGAUUUUGUCAAGUACACGUUCUUAGCCUUCUUCCGCACAACCACAUGAGCAGCUGAUGCACCGUGUGUCACCCAACAGUCCGUGGCUCCGGGGCUUCUCGGUCUGGACUGAGACAGUCCGACCACCUCAUGCUGGCUCAGGGGAGCCAUGGCCUGGACAGUCGUUCAGGUGCUCUAGAUCUGCAGUGCUUGCGAGAAGUCCCAGCACCGGACAGUCAUGCCUGAUAUGCCUGCACAGUCCGGAAUGCUGCUGCGGCAGUCCUCUGUCUUCUCUGUCUCGUGCUUUCUUCUCUGCUUCGACUCUUCUCACAUAUGAUGUAGUUGCUCUUGCGCCCACGACCUCGUUUGGGCCAGACCCAAAGGUGCAAAGCGUAGGAGGGUCAAGUAGAGUUAGUGACCUAAGGUAUGGGGAACACUCUGUAAUGGAUCCGAUCUGAGUUGCAGCGAUUAUGGGCUGAUCUAGAUCACUACGCCAAAA